UCCGCUGUGAAUGACUGUUUUGUCCGGCUAGCAAAGAAGCCGCAUUUUUAUUUGUUUACUUGAGCUGAAAUACAUUUAAUUGAUCAAUGGAAGACGUGCAAAAGCACAGCGUGCAUACGCUUAUAUUCCGCUCCCUGAAGCGCACACACGAUCUGUUCGUCUCGAAUCAAGGAAACCUGCCAGAUGUCGACGACCAACUGGACAAGCAACGGCGUUCGAUCAAGGCCAAGGAUACCUAUGGAUCGUUACUGGAGCGCGUUGCGACAGGCAACGAGUCCAAGAGGACACCGUCAGGACAGUCCGUGGAAAGACCAUUGGCCAUCACAGACGGGAGCACAGACACUGCCAGCAGCAUGGUGAAAUUCAAUGCCGAUGCGCGUCGCCCCGACUCGGUGUUGGCCAUACCGGGCAACAACAGCACAUCCCUGGUGCGCGCCUCCAUGCCCAAUAGUGGCAGUGGCGCCGGCUCCAAUGGCGCCAGCAAUCUGCAGCUCAUUCCAAAGAAGGCACCAACCAUACCGAAGCCCAAGUGGCAUGCACCCUGGAAGCUGUCCCGCGUCAUUUCUGGACAUUUGGGCUGGGUGCGCUGCAUAGCCGUGGAGCCGGGCAAUGAGUGGUUCGCCACCGGUGCCGGGGAUCGUGUCAUCAAAAUCUGGGACUUGGCCAGCGGCAAGCUGAAGCUCUCGCUCACCGGCCACGUGAGCACUGUGCGCGGUGUGGCAGUCAGCACCAAGCAUCCGUAUCUGUUCAGCUGCGGCGAGGAUCGACAGGUGAAGUGCUGGGAUCUGGAGUACAACAAAGUGAUCCGGCACUACCAUGGCCAUCUGUCGGCAGUCUACUCGCUGGCCCUCCACCCAACCAUCGACGUGUUGGCCACCUCUGGGCGCGACUCCACGGCUCGCAUCUGGGACAUGAGGACCAAGGCCAAUGUGCACACGCUGACCGGCCACACCAAUACGGUGGCAAGUGUCGUGGCCCAGGCUACCAAUCCACAAAUCAUCACCGGCUCCCAUGACUCGACCGUGCGGUUGUGGGAUCUUGCUGCCGGCAAGAGCGUCUGCACCCUGACCAACCACAAGAAGUCGGUGCGCAGCGUUGUGCUGCAUCCAUCGCUGUACAUGUUCGCCUCCGCCUCGCCCGACAACAUCAAGCAGUGGCGCUGUCCCGAGGGCAACUUUGUGCAGAACAUCUCCGGCCACACGGCCAUUGUCAAUUGCAUGGCGGCCAACAACGAUGGCGUGCUCGUCUCUGGCGGCGACAACGGCACCAUGUUCUUUUGGGACUGGCGCACCGGCUACAAUUUCCAGCGUUUCCAGGCCCCCGUCCAGCCCGGCUCAAUGGACAGCGAGGCGGGCAUAUUUGCCAUGUGCUUUGACCAUUCGGGCACGCGCCUAAUCACCGCCGAGGCGGACAAGACAAUCAAGGUGUACAAGGAGGAUGACGAGGCCAGCGAGGAGACGCAUCCAGUCAACUGGCGACCAGAUCUGCUCAAGCGUCGCAAGUUCUAAGUUCUAGCCGGUAGUCUGUAGUCCAUAAAUAUGACUUAUGUAUGUGUGUGUAAUUUAAGCGCAAAGCUGCCCCGCCACAGAUUCGAUUAAAUAAUGGUUUCGACUCCAAUGAAAUUCUACAUCAAA